GGGCUGAGGCCGGUCGUGUGCCAGGCUCACCGGCUCGCACGAGCUCAUCCAAAAGCUGAAAGAGACGCAAAGAGACGCAAAGAGGCGCGUGCCACUUCUCCAGAACUCUCCACGCACACAGCUGAUUCUAAGACUCGAACCCGCAGCAGCACCAUGGACUCCGUGUACUCCGACAUCGACAGCAACAGCUGCGACUUCUUCCCGCACUCAGACGACGAGGAGUCCCGCGGCUCGCCCCGCUCGUCCCCGGGCUCGUCCCCGGGCUCCCCGGAGCCCGAGCAGCCCGCGCAGCCGCAGAAGAAGCGGCGUCGCGGCCGCGGACGCGGCGAUGGCGCCGUGCCGGUGGUGAAGAAGAACCGGCGCGUGAAAGCCAACGACCGGGAGAGGAACCGCAUGCACAACCUGAACGACGCGCUGGACACGCUGCGCGAGGUCCUGCCCGCGUUCCCGGACGAGACCAAACUCACUAAGAUCGAGACUCUGCGCUUUGCUCACAACUACAUCUGGGCUCUGUCGGAGACCAUCCGCAUCGCGGACCUGCAGGCCGGGAAGGGGGACGCUGCUCUGCUGCGGAGGGAGGCCCCGAGCCCCGGCAGCGACGCCUGCUCCUGGAGCUCCUGCAGCGGGUCCUCUGACUCCUCCUCCCCGUCGUACUGCGCCUCCAGCCCGGGCAGCCCGGCCGCGGCGGACUACCUGCAGCACGACGCGCUGUUCGCCUUCCGCAGCUUCGUCCCGGGCAUCUACUGAGAGACACACACACACACACACACACACACACACACACACACAGGUGUCUGCCAAAAAGUGAUCAUCCGCCAAAAACUAGACUUCUGUCCGUGCUCAGCUGCUCUGGAAAACUGCGUGUUGUUGGUUGUGUUGGUCCGUGUUAAAUCUCCAGUCUGCAUAAUACUACCACUACUAGUACUACUACUACUACUACUACUACUGAUAAUAACAACUCUCAUUCACAAAACCAAAUGAUUCUUUCUGAGGCAGAAGCACUAAGAU